AUGAACCUAGGCAAUGUUCAGUUGCUAAACACUCUAUGGCAGCAUUCUUACUCCUGCGGGGAUACAUACGAAGGACACAAUGCAGUGCUGGGAACGCUUCCUUGCUGCCUCAACGUCACGGUAAACGAGGACAUCUGUGGGAUUCUCUCACUUCUCAUCAUGAGGCAUGCUGCAGAAACUCUUCUGCGGCGCGCAGUCGCCGAAGGCACCGUAACGGUGGCCGAGUUGCAAGGCUUCUGCCAGACGGACUAUGCAGGAGUUGCACGGAUACUUAAGCUGGACGCAGGUCUAAAUGAGGUGGUUAUAGCUGUGAAGCUUCAAGAAAUAGGCGGAGCGGCCCUCUUGGCAAUGCAGCCCAAAGACUUUGCGUCUGCCCUGUCCCUUACCCACGCUCAGCAAGGAGAGCGUUUGGAAGCUUUUUUGUCCGCUCUAAAGGAAGUGGCAGCAAACCCGGAUGGGUGCGCGCAGCAGCAACAGGCAGUUCCCGCAGCUGCUGAUACUGCAGGCACAGCUGCUGUUACUGCAACCAAAAAGAAACGGCGAAGCGACCAAGAAACUGUUGCGGCGGCAGCGCCUGUGCAGCGAAAAACUCCAGGUGUUCCUAAGGGCCUCCGGGGACCUCGUGUCUCGGGCCUGAAAAGGCCAGCACCCACUGCCCCUGUUAUCGAAAGUACGGCAGUUUCCGUUGCGCCUAUCUCUCCCCCAGUGGCAGCAGCGGCUGUACAGUCUGGUGAAACGCAGAUGCAGCAGCAAUUAGCAGAUCCACCCGUCCCGCACGAGGGACAAGGCAACAACCUCGGAACAGAUUCUUCAAAGAAGCAGCGGCAGAAAAGAGAUAAACGACAGAGCAAACAAGCCAAAGGGAAAACAGGAGAUCCUGAGGUUAAGAACCAGCCGCAAGUGCGACGAAAAAAGCAACAACAACAGCAGCCGGAAGCAGCAAGCCGGACUAGUGGCAAAAGCCACCUGCGAGCAAAGCUGAUGGCUUGGGGAGCUUCCAUAUUGGGUCUCAAGGGCCGGUUUGACUCUGCGCUGAGGCAAAAGGCGGCGUAUAGGAACAAGCGGGCGCUCCUCUCCACAACUGGAUUCCCGGAAGGCGCGGGUGUACAGAACGAACUGCCGACCCUUGUACGGCGAUUGGGAACAUUGAAUGGAGUUCCCGCGGCAUUCGAGUGGAAGCCCCAAUAUCCUGAAAAAAUCACCCACCUUAUUUGCAGCAAUGAGUUAGUGCGCCCCACAGUGAAGCUUUACUUUGCCUUGGUGAACGGAGCGUUCAUUUUGAAGGAAGAGUUUCUCCAAGAAGCCAGGAAACAGAAGGCAUGGCCAGAUCCUCAACAGUUCCAGAGGUCAGAUUUUCCGUCUGUUGAACAGCGGGACAAGUCUCGUUGGCUUUUGAGGAGCUUGCCUGUUUGCAUCGAUGGACCUUACCGUCCUUCUGGCCUCUCCAAACAACAGCUGCAGACACUGGUUCUCUCUGCUGGAGGAAUCUUGGAAGAUGAUGCGCCUGCAACCGUUCGGGUGCUGGAAGACCUAGAGGCGCUGCGCCGCCGGCAGGCCAGAGGCUUAUGGGACUUUCAGGGAGAGGGAAAACAGAAGCCAGUUGCUGUUUCUACUCAGUGGCUACUCGAUUGCAUCAGGUCAUGGGAGAUGCUGCCACGGGAUAAUUAUGUGCUUAGCCUGUCGAACCCGCCUCCAAGUAAAUUGGGUGAAAACACCGCUGAGGUCGCACAGAAGAAACGCCCGAAAGAAGCGGAAACCGGGAGCAGCCUGGGCAAGAAGGGAAAGACGGGGAGGGGGCGGAAGAAGCGAACUGAUAUGGUAGGAGAUGGCUGUGAGGGUUUGCCUCAGAGCGAAGUAUCGAAAGGGCCGAAAGAAGGGAUGGCAGCCCUCCAGAUAACGGUAGAGCAACCGCAAGGAUCGCUGGGCCGGCAGCCAGAUGCUGCAGCAGAGUCAGAAGAGAAUGCUCCCAGCAUGGCACAGCCUAUUCACGCACAGCAAGAGGAACGGAAGAACCCAGAGCCAAACCCUGCACAGCCAAAGGAGGAGCAAGGUGCAUCAGCUGCAAAGGGUGUUGCCCGGCAAGGAAUGAAGGAGCGCUCGUCUUCCAAACGCCUUCGAAGUGAAGGAAAAAAACCCAGUGAACAUGGCUCUCGAAAGAAGAAACUACAUACUCCUCUACCUGCCGAAGAGAAGCAAGACGUAACUGUACUGCGAAACGCCUCAGACGCAUUGCCAGAGAGCGGCAGCGAAGUAACUGCCCCUGCGGGUGAUGUGGCAGUGACAGUGGAUGCAGCCCCUACUGCAGAGAAACAGAGCCCCCUUAAGGACAAGCCGACAGCGAGAAGUCCAACUGGUGAAGGGGGCUGCACCGAAAAUGAAGACGGGUUAGCUGCUUCGCCUGCUGUUGAUGACUGGCAACCACCGGAGGAAAACUCUCCCCUUGAAGAAGGGGGGGCUGCAGAAGCAGUAGCAUUUUCACCUGCUGCUCCAGCAGCGGAGGCAGCCACCGAUUUCCCUCAACGCGAAUGCCCAGCUAGCACUUCUCAGGCUACUGCUGCCGGGGAUGCCUUACAGCUUCCUGGAGAACAUCUGGAUGUGGCGGGUUUGUUUGAGCCAGAGGAAGCAGACGCUGCUGAGUACAACUUCGAUCUCAAGGACAAUUGUACCAUGGGACAGAAGUUGGAGGAUCUUCAGACGAAUGAGCCCUCAAACACUCAGCGAGACCCUGUGAGUGCAUCUCAUCUGAACGAGAACAUGCCGAGCAAUACCGAGCAAUAA